UCUCUUCCCCGUCUCCCAACGUCAUUCCCGCACGCAGGCACACACUGUCUUCCCUUUUUUUCCCAGGUGAAUGACACUGACCCCAGGCUGGAGGAUGAGGACAGCUGGAUCGGUGUUGUUCCCGUGGAGGAGGAACCAACAGAGACGCCAAAGCGCCACAGGGAGGAAUCGUUUGCCAGCGCUGUGGUCAGCAAGAUGAAACGGGCCCUUGUCUUGGGUGCUUCAGCCCUGCUCAUCCUUGCCCUGAACCAGAACACAAUCCGAGAGCUAGACGUCUCCCAGGUCCUUUCCAAGCCCGUGGUGGUGGUCCAGACUUCAGAAAACGUGACCAAACUCCUUGGGGCACUACUGCGAGGUCUUCAGGCCACAGCAAAGAUCACGUAUCAAGCAGGGCUGCUGGAGAACAUGGGGGUGACGCUGACUCUGUGGUCAACGUGUGGCCUCUCUCGGGGUGGCGUGUACGCAGAGUGGCAGGGAGUUAUUUGCACAGGCGAAAACAGCUCAAAGGUCCAGAAAUACCUCCAGCAGCUGUGGAAUGCCAUCCUGCUCAUCGCACUAAUCCUGUGCACAGGUGUGAUUGUGCAGGCCCAGCGCCAGUCCCGGCACAGUCAGUUGGACCAAGACUCCGAGCUGGACCUCAAACAACACAUUGCACAGAAGCUGUUGGCAUUGAAAACCAGGCGUUACCAUCCUGGCAGACCGCCCCGCAGCUGGGCACAUGAGAUUGACAGCUGUGCCAUCUGCCUGGACCAGUUUCAGAAGAAUCAGUGUCUCCGGGUGCUGCCCUGCCUGCACGAAUUUCACCGCGACUGCGUGGACCCCUGGCUUCUCCUGCAGCAGACCUGCCCCCUCUGUAAACACAACGUUCUCGGAAACCGUUGCUGAGAAGGCUAGCAAGACCGGUUCUUCCUGCUCCCCAAGGGAGGGAGCACCUUUCCAAGAGCAGGGUUUCUCAAGCUUGGCGACUUUAAGAUGCAUGGACUUUGACUCCCAGAAUUUGCCAGCCAGCACGAGUCGAAUGGCACACGUCUUAAAGUUGCCAAGCUUGAGAAACCCUGCUGUAGAGUCUUGGGUUGCCUCUGGGGUGGCUUUGGGCAGCAAGGUUCUCUGCGCUCUGGGUUCUGUCAGGAUGGGAAGGGCAGUGUGUAUCUGUAAAAUAAUGCGUUCGCCUCUCCUUGGGCCUCUUUGUGCAUCCUCUCCCCCUGCCCCUGGACUGAAAUCCACUCCCUUUGUGGUGUGUUUUCCCCAAACAUUUUGUGCAGCUUGGAUCUGAGCUGGGGUGAACCUGCCCUUCUGGGAGCCCACGCGAGGUCCUCACCUUGUGAAGGAAGGAGGACAAGGGGUGCUGCUUGAAGUUUCCCAAAUGACCCUUUUUUCGACAAUUUGCAAGGGAAGAACAAGGUUCAACUUGCUGGGCGGGGUGGGAGGGAGGUUUGAAAUGUUUCCUUAUUUAUACUAACUUAUUUGAGCAAGGGAGGGGGGAGGUAAGGGCUGUGGAGGUACUGGAAUGCCAUCUCAGAAAGGGCUGAGAUAUUCCAGACUGUGUUGGGAUGUAUAUAAGCCACUUGUACUAAUUAAAAAAAAAUCAAGCAAACUCAG